AUGGGCAGAUCGGCCAUCGUGCAGGAAUAUGGCCCUCCGCCGCUGCCCAACACCACCAUCACUUUCGAUCGCAAGACUACCGAUGAAGUAGCUCACGAUGUUAUCAAACGGCCAAAGGGCUACAGGGUAUCGUGGCAUGCGAAUGCUGCCGUCGAGCCUCACCAUUUCGGCCAGUCGCAUCCCAUGAAGCCGUGGCGUCUAACGCUCACCAAACAGCUCGUCAUGGCCUACGGGAUGCACCAUGCCAUGGACCUCUACGUCGCCCGCGCAGCGACAUACGAUGAAAUGGCUGAAUUCCAUAGUACAGACUAUCUCGAUUUCCUUAGCCAGGUCAUCCCACCUGACAUGGACAGCGCCAACCAGCAGGAUCGGUUGGCUGGAUUCAACUUUGGCGACGACUGUCCGAUUUUUGACGGCCUGUACGACUACUGUGCCCUCUACUCGGGAGGGACUGUGGACGCCGCUCGAAAACUAUGCAACAAUCAGUCCGAGAUUGCUAUUAACUGGUCUGGCGGGCUGCAUCAUGCCAAAAAGACCGAGGCAAGCGGGUUCUGCUACAUCAAUGACAUCGUGCUGGGCAUUCUACAGCUUCUCAGACACCACCCAAGGGUCAUGUAUAUUGACAUCGAUGUCCACCAUGGAGACGGAGUAGAACAAGCAUUCUGGUCAACAGAUCGAGUUCUCACUGUCUCCUUCCACAAGUACGAUAAGGAUAAUUUCUUCCCUGGUACCGGUCCGCUUGAUAGCACUGGCCCAACACACCCACUCAAUCCUGGCGCCCACCACUCUCUAAAUGUUCCGCUAAACGAUGGAGUCGAAGAUAACGAUUACGUCAACUUAUUCAAAGCCAUAAUAGGACCAUGCAUCAACACAUAUCAACCUGGUGCAAUAGUCCUUCAGUGCGGUGCCGACAGCCUUGGCUGUGAUAGAUUAGGCUGUUUCAACCUUAAUAUCCGUGCGCACGGUGCAUGCGUUGCGUUCACAAAAUCAUUCGGACUACCCACUCUUGUCCUUGGAGGAGGAGGAUAUACUCCCCGCAACGUCUCUCGACUAUGGGCGUACGAGACCGCGAUAUGUGUUGGAGCCGAAGACCAGCUAGAUCCAAAACUACCCGAAACACUGCCCUUCCGCAGUCACUUCCAGCCAGACUGCUCUCUUUUCCCACCGUUAUCGGAUCUACGAAGGGUUGAAAAUAAGAAUACAAAGCCCUAUCUGGACUCGCUCGUGGAAGGAAUAUUAGAGCAACUGCGCUACAUUAAUGGUGCGCCGAGUGUUCAGAUGAGCGUUAUCCCGCCUGAUAUACUAGGUAUUCGGGAAGAAGUAGAGCGAGAGAUAGAAGAAGAGAAUCAGAUGAAUGAAGAGGAGAAUGAAGAUCGUGGAAUGAAUGGGACGUCAAGUCGGCGAAGGGACGCGGAGCGAGGAAUUGCGGUUGCCGGCGAGCUUUAUACUUGA